AUAAUUGUCGUGGGCGGAAGUACCACACUAAAAAAUAUUCGAAGUCCUACCGCAUUUUAACAAUUACCGAAUAAUAAUCCUUGUGUCGCGUGGUUUAUCACAAACAUUCAGGUUACUUGCACAAAGGCACCCAGACUCAGAACAAGCAUUCGUUAGUAUACGAUUGAGAGAAGAGACGAUUGUCAAACAAGGUCGAACCCCGCGUCACGGUGCAGUCUUAUAGUCCUAAACUUGAUUUAGGUUUCAAGAUCUCGAGGGGUCGAGCAUCGACCACUAUAAAACGCUUUAUUAAAAUGGUAUCAAAUACGGCGUAAUGUUCAAACAAUCGUAAUCGAUUGAAAGUGUUUUGUUACAUAAAUUACCUAUUAUUAAUAAAACCUGCAUAGGUGAAGUUUCUAAUAGGACGUCACCUCGGCCCAGAUGAUAAACAUAAAGAAAAAAAUAAUGUGUCAAAUUGAAACUAUUGUAAUAUAAAAUAAAAAACUUAAUGCACUGCACAAAAUUUACGUAAACGCGUGAAAAAUAAUGACAAUCUCGUAUUGUAAGUAGGGUGAGCAAGUCUCAUCCAAAUAAAAAUGGACCCCAUACAAUACAUACAAACAUUUGUGAGUUCUAUUCAAGAAUAUAGAUGGCUCAUCGACGUAGCCAACGACUGCUACCCUAUCGCUAUCAUGUCUAAGAUUCACACAGCAUGACAGACGUUGGCCAGUACUAUACACGAUGACAGGACCAUGCUAUAACAAAGCCUACCCAAUUCCUGAGAUGCCCGACAUUUACCGACUGGACACAAUAACUGAGACGUCGGCGAUCGCGCUGAAGUCGGCGCGCUCGACGGCCUCGAUCUCGGUGUCGGAGGACGCGAACCGCGCCGCCUCGUCCAGUACCACCACCUUCAACACGCUCAGCAUGAUCAGCACGCCGUGGAGCACGGAGAGCUGGUACUCGCUCACUGACUCGCUGACUGACUUCUCACAGCUGUCCGAGUCCACGUCCUUCAUGUCAUGGACAGACACGCUGGACUCACUGAGCACGAUCAGCGUGGACCCGCGCUCGACCAGCACGACGGGCGUGCCGACGCGCACCCUGCCCUCCAUCAGCCGGACCACCAUCACCAUCUACAGCUUUGCGUCCACUCCGUGCCACAAUAGCAACCAGCUAUUCGUCGCGCCUAAGAAGAGUAAAUCUGAAGUGGAAACUCUGAGUUCCUGGACGCUGGAGACGUUCACCAGCACAGGCUUGAUCUCCACCAACAGGCCGCAGCCCGUCAAGGCCACCUUCCCUUGGAGCGCCGCCACGCUGGCCGACGGCUCGGAAUACUACCCUAGCAGCCUCGACAGCCUGGAGUCUAGGAAGGGCAGCGGAGUCUCAGUCAUGUCCAAGUCCUCCAGUUACAAGAUGGUGGUCCAGAACCCUGUUAACACGACUUACAAUACUAGAGCCGACGACCACCCCGCGUUAGAUUGUACUGUAGCCAAAGAAAAUGGUAUCCCUGUUUUUUGUUAAGCAAUAUUAUUGACAUUGGUGUAAAAAAAAUAGCAAAAACGAUUAAAAAUUUAUUACCAACAAAA